GGAGAGAUAAAAAAAGACAAGAGAGUCGAAGCGAUCAAUGCAGCCAUUGAUGGCCAUGACUGCUUCUUUGGAAAUUUUGUGUGGCGCAAAAAGAAAGCCGUGUCGAUUUUGCCCAGUGAACUCUUUCAACUCGUAUAAUACCCCGUGUCAAUAUGGAUCGUAAACGUGUGACUGGACCUGAAGUCAGUGUGGCCCCAUUAUUAAAGGCACAAGAAACUGCACCUCUACUUGACAGUAACAACAAACGCCAUGAUCAGCGCAGCAUGGACGCCAUCCGACCGUUAUUUUUGAAAACAGGACUCGUAACGCAGUCCAACGGUUCAGCAUACAUUGAAGUUGGGAACACCAAAGUGGUGUGCGCAGUAUACGGUCCUCGUCAAUUGAAAAAAGCCGCAUUUUCUCGUAACGGCACGUUAAACUGCGAAUUCCGAUUUUCCACAUUCUCUUGCACAAAACGUCGCGGGCACAUUCGCGACACACAAGAGAAGGAGUAUUCGCAUAUCCUUGAGCAAGCACUUGCACCUGCGGUUCGCUUGGAACUGUUGCCCAAAUCGGCUAUUGAUAUCUACAUCAAUGUUCUCGAGAAUGACGGUACGAGUUCGUGUAUUGCAGCUGCCAUUAUUGCUUCAAGUGUGGCGUUAGCCGACGCUGGUAUUGAAAUGUUGGAUCAAGUCACUGCCUGCUCAGCGAUUUACAUGAAAAAUCAAAUCUUGAUGGACGCUACGGAUAAAGAAGAGCAGCAAAAGGAUGGUUCGAUUGUGUUAUCCUACAUGCCUUCGCUGAAUGAAGUCACUCACAUUUUACAAACGGGACAAUCGGACAGUGCCAUUACGAGUCAGGCUAUUGAACAAUGCAUCGACGGUGGUUCAAAAAUUUAUUCUGUGAUGUCUUCUGCACUAUUACAAUCGUUGGAAACCGGUGUUGCCGCAUAAUCGUGGAUUAGAGCAACACGAUCUGUUUCUACUUUCGCGUUUAUGGCGAUAUUUAUCCAAGCAUUCAAUCUCAUCUGUAUUGCACAGCAUGUUCUGUAAAAAAUUACCUCUCUUUCUUCUUUUCACACCUUUUUUUUUUUUUUUGGUUUUCUAAAUGGAAUUGAAAUCUUGGGAAACAAAUGCUUUUAUU